AUGUUCAAUCUCAUCUUUGGUCCGACCAGUGAGGUUUAUCGCUGCUUCAAGGAAGAGGGCAUCUUUGAUGCUCAUGAUGAAUUCCUUCAUUUCAUUGCGACGUUCUUCCUGUCUUCAUCCUAUCAAGUCUCCACAAAGCAUCUCUUUGACAAAUUCAGUCGAAUCAAUUUGGUUGGAGCUCUUUCAAAAGCCAAGUACAUUGAGUAUUGGAAAAAGAUUGGAGCAGCGUCUUUGCCCACAAUCCAAGAGCAAAACCGUAGUAUGACUCCAGCUGGCAUGGUGCCAUUUUGGUUGAAGCUCGAGGGUAGCAUCAACAAGUACGGCAGGGAAUACUUCAUCCAGGGAUUUCUGGGGGGAACUCUUCAGUUUACCCUUGACGAUGACAAGGAUUUCUGGGGGAAACUCUUCAGUUUACCCUUGACGAUGACAAGGCCCAUGCUCGGGGUCACAUCUGUGCGGCACCGCUGA